UAUAAAGAUGGAGAAAGGCAAGAAGAAUUUUGUUUUUGGUGUGACUCUAUUCGCUUUACUGAUUUUCUUGCCGUUGAUGUAUGUUGGUGUUCAUGAUUUCCUCUUGAGGAAUAAAAUUUCCUUGGAUCUAUGGAUGCAAAAGAAGACGAUGAAGGAGAAGGAAUUCAUCAAGUUACAUUUAGAAAGACUAGUACAAGGAGAUGAUCGGAGAAAGCUCAACGACACAGGCUUCGCCUGUCAUCGAAGCUACCACACCAACCACUGUGUUUCGACCAAACCCGUAAGAAUCGACACGAGAAACAUGACCAUAUACGUACCAUCCGACGACCAUCGCCACAACGAGACGACAGUGUGGCCCUACCCGUGGCACGGAUACGAAAUAGACGGAGUCUCAACCGUCCGCAUCAUCCAACACAACAACACAACGCUCCCGCCACCAUGCGACUUCCACCACCACGUCCCUGCCGUGGUCUUCUCCUCCGGCCACAUCGGGAACACGUACCACGAGAUCUCCGAGAUCAUCAUCCCCCUCUUCCUCACCAUAAAACACUUCCAAUCGCGCGUGAUGUUCGUCAUCGAGGACUACAUCCCCUCAUUCAUCUCCAAAUACAACACCAUCUUAACUCACCUUUCAGCCUACAAGCCGAUCAAGCCGACCACCAACUCCGCCAUCCAUUGCUUCCCGGCGUUGAUAGUCGGGCUUAAAUACCACGGCAUCCUAUCACUAAACUCCUCCGACAUCCCGGGAGGGUACGGAAUGCCUGAAUUCCGCCAUUUCAUCUUCGACACAUUCAGCCUAAAAAACAUGAACGUGUCGGAGAUUCCUCAACCGAGGAUGCUCCUUUUGUCGCGUAGGUUCACAAGGAGGAUCCUCAACGAAGACGAAAUGAUCGCCAUGAUUAAAGAUGUAGGGUUUCAAGUGAUUGUGGUUAAAAGAUUUGAUUACCACGAUAUGAAGAAGCUGUCGCACGUGAUAAACACGUGCAACGUGAUCCUAGGCGUCCACGGCGCCGGCCUCACGUACGGCAUGUUUUUACCGGCCGGCGCCGUUGUAGUCCAAAUAGAGCCGCUGGAUUUGGAGCAUUAUGCGAAAGUGAUAUUUGAGGACAAUGCGAGGGCGAUGGGGAUGGAGUAUUUGCGGUACAAGAUUGAAGAGGAGGAGAGCUCAUUAGUCAAAGUGUUUGGUCGGAAUAGUUCGGUUAUAACGGAUACAGGCUCAGUGUAUAGAAAGCAUGGGAUCAUGAAUUCGAGGGAUGUGUUUUAUGAUCAGCAGAAUGUGAGGCUCGAUCUUGUUCGGUUUAGGGAGACGAUAGUCAAAGCGUUUAGUAUUGUUACGGUCCCGCGUCCUUAAGAGUGUACAACCCCAUGAGUUCCGUUUCCUGAAAAAGUUGUUUCUUGUGAGUUGCAUAUAUGAGUCUUCUUCUCCCCUUUGCUCGGUUGAGCUAU